CACGGUAGUUGUUUCUCGAUACCUACCUACGCGACAUCACUCUUUACCUGAAGUGUGCAAUCUUCCAGGCCGUCAGGUCUCCUCCAUAGUACAGAUUCACCAGACAUACACAGGCACAUUCUGAUCGGCGACACCACAACGCAUUCACACACGAUAUUCCACACCUAUAGAAACAAGGAAAGAGAGAGAGAGAGACACACACACACACGUACACAAUCUUCGAGCAUCAUGCCUCUCUACGCCUCGGUGCACGUCUCCCCCUCGAUCCCGUGGACCGCGCCCAACGGCAAACCCGGCGGGCCCUGGUCGCCGAUCGCCUGCACACUGGUGCACACGCCCAAGCACGCCGUGCUGGUCGACACGCCCAUCACGGUGGCGCAGACCGAGGGCCUGAUCCGGUGGCUCGAGCAGACCCUGCACCCGGGCGCGGCGCUCGAGUACAUCUACAUCACGCACGGGCACGGCGACCACUGGUUCGGGCUGAACAUGCUGCUGCGCCGGUUCCCGGGGGCGCGCGCGGUCGCCACGCCGGGCACGAUCGCGCACAUGCAGGGCCAGAUGGCGCCGGCGGCGUUCCAAGCCAUGUGGGCAUCGCGGUUCCCGGGCCAGAUCGACACGGCGUUCCGGCUCGCGGAGCCGUUGCCGGAGAGCGGCACGUUCUAUUUGCCCUUCGACGACGACGACGACGACGAUCAUCGCAGAAAAGAGGGAGGGGAGAAAGGUGGUGAUGGGAAAGAAGAGGGCUACAAGUUCCAGGCCGUCGAGGUCGGCCACACGGACACGCACUCGUCCACGGUGCUGUUUGUGCCGCACCUCCGGCUCGUGGCCGCGGGCGACGUCGUCUACGGCGACGUGCACCAGAUGCUGGGCGAGGCCAGCACGCACGCCCUGCGCAUGGAGUGGGUGCGCGCCGUCGAGACCGUCGCCGCGCUGCGGCCUGCGCCCGAGGUCGUCGUCCCGGGCCACGUCAAGCCCGACGAGCUGUGCGGCGCCUGGCACCUCGAGCGCACCCGCCGCUACAUCCUCGACUUUGACGCGCUGGUCGAGGGCGGCCGCGGCCGACAGGUCAAGAACGCCCGCGAGCUCGUGGCCCGGAUGAAGGAGCUGUGGCCCACGCGGUUCAACGACGGGGCGCUGAUUGUCGGCGCCAUCAACGCCUUCAAGGCCAAGGAGAAGGAGCACGGAAAGGCCAAGGCCAAUGACGGGGGGAAAUUGUGA